GCCGCUCCCCUCUCCUGUAGCCUCAUUUCUGCUAAGACCUGACUUUUUCUUCCAGCUGUUCUUAGCUAUUUUUAUUUUUAAUUUUUUUGUUCUUCUUAGUUUAAUCACUCCCUCUUUCUAUGAAAAAAUGUCCUUUCCCCACUUUUGCCUGUUUAGGCAGCAGUUUCCCUCUAAAGUUUGUUGUUGUUGUUCCCAGUGGCUCCCGAUCACCUCCGUUUUUGCCUGUUUUCCUUGACUCAUUCUUGCCUCCAUCACUCUUACCCAAUUUGAUUAGUUUUGUUGUUUCGGUCUUCUCAUCACCUCUACUUCCUCACCUCCUCCAGAGCGUUGCCUUCUGCCCUAGGCCUGCCUUGAUCUCAUCAUAGGAAACAGCCCAAGCCCACCAUCAUGCCGACUUUUCUGUUUUACUUUCCUCCUUGGGAUUUCUCAUCACUGGACAUCCUUUGUUUCACCUGGUCAUGGUCUGUCUUCCCCCGCCGUGCGUGAGCAUGAUGAGCUCAGGGCAUUGUUCACUUUCUUGUUGGCUGAGGUGUUCCUGGCGCCUGGUAUGGGGCUCGGGAAGUAGCCCAUGCUCCUUCAAUGUUUACUGAAUGACUGAAUGAAAUGUACAUGAAGCAGAUGCUGCUAUGGUUCAUCUACCUGCAUUCAUUCAGUUCUUGCUGCCUUGCCUUGUGGGGAUCUUCUCACUCCGCUGCUCUCUGAUCUUUUGCUGUAGGUCUCAUUUCUAAUUCUGGCCAUCGACCUCUCCUGUGAGUCGACAUCUGUGGACAACUGGGGAGUUCGCCCUUGAAGGACAGCCAGAAACUGUCUUCAAUGGCUUCGCUGGUGGCUUAUGAAGACUCAGACUCUGAGGCCGAGGCUGAGCCCGCAGGAAGUUUUAACCCCGCCGGCCAGAUGGAAGAUGCUUCUGCUGCGGCCCCGUCUCACAGGUGGGCUCUCGCCUCGGACUCCCUGGACGUGGCGGAUGCAGGCGCACAGCCUGCAAAACGUGAAGACCCCGCGGGCCGGCGUCUCCCACUGGUUCGGCUCUGGAGAAAUGACCCAGGAUCUCGCCCCAGCCAGAGGUUACUUUGGCCCCGGCCGGAGCCUGAGGUCACCGCCCCCCCCAGCCAGCCUCCUCGUCCCUCCCUGUGGACCAGCCAAACUCCCGCUGGCCACGUGCCCCUGGCAGCUGCCCGCCUGCAGCAGGCGAAACCCCCCUGGGGCGCCUACGACUCCCCCGAGGCAUCUUUCCGUGCCCGGACCGAAUCUGAACGCCCCGGUAGCAACGGCAGCUCUCUUCAGAGGAAGCGGUGUGAGGACUCUGUUGUGCCCUAUACCCCGAAAAGACUGAGACACUUGCAGGCGCUAAGCGCGGAGGCAGGCAAGGGGGAAGAUGCGGAGGCCCAGGGUCCCUCGGGGAGGCGGCCCCCCGCCCCUCUCUGCGUGGGCCCCCAAGUGUCCGAGUUUAUUCAGCCGUAUUUGGAUGGUCAGCAUAAAGAAACCACGAUUCCCAAGAAGGUGCUCUUCCACCUGAGAGGCCACCGGGGCCCCGUCAACAGCGUGCAGUGGUGUCCGGUCUUUGCCAAGAGCCACAUGCUUCUUUCAACGUCUAUGGACAAAACCUUCAAGGUGUGGAACGCCGUGGACUCCGGGAGCUGCUUGCAGACCUACUUCCUGCAUAGCGAGGCGGUGCGUGCCGCCCGGUGGUCCCCCUGCGGCCGGCGCAUCCUCAGCGGCGGCUUCGACUUCGCCCUGCACCUAACCGACCUUGAAACAGGAACCCAGCUAUUCAGCGGUCAGAGUGGCUUCAGAAUCACGACCUUGAAAUUUCACCCAAGAGACCACAGCCUCUUUGUAUGUGGAGGUUUCAGCUCUGAGAUGAAAGCUUGGGACCUGAGGACCAGCAAGGUGGUGAGGAGCUACAAGGCGACCGUCCAGCAGACCCUCGACGUGCUGUUCCUCCGGGAGGGCACUGAGUUUCUGAGCAGCACAGACGCAUCAAGCCGAGACUCUGCCGACCGCACCAUUAUUGCCUGGGAUUUCCGGAGCGCUGCCAAAAUCUCCAACCAGAUUUUCCACGAGAGGUACACCUGUCCCAGCCUCACCCUGCACCCGCGGGAGCCUGUGUUCCUCGCACAGACCAACGGCAACUACCUGGCCCUCUUCUCCGCCGUGUGGCCCUACCGGAUGAGCAGAAGGCGGCGCUACGAAGGGCACAAGGUGGAAGGCUACUCGGUGGGCUGCGAGUGUUCCCCAGACGGUGACCUGCUGGUGACAGGCAGCGCCGAUGGCCGGAUCCUGAUGUACAGCUUCCGCACCGCCAGCCGAGCUCGCACGCUGCACGGGCACACGCAGGCCUGUGUUGGCACCACCUUCCACCCCGUGCUGCCCUCCAUGCUCGCCACCUGCUCCUGGGAGGGCGACAUUAAGAUCUGGCACUGAGCCCCCUGGCGUGGAACCUUCCAGAUGCUGUUCGGGGCGGGUGGGUGUGGGUGGUGAGGAAGCACCGAGGUUGGCUCAGCGUCAGACUCAGGUGGAAGCUGCUUCCCCGCCCCCGUGCACCUCAGUCUCCUCAUCUGUAAAGUGGGGACAAAGAUCUGUUGUCUCAGGAUUGUGAGGCCUGUGCUGAUGAAAGCACCUGGCAGGCUGCUGCUGCUGCUCAAUAAAUGCAAAUGUUCUGCUGUGUC